UGUUUAUACUAACAAGAGAAAAGUUCUCCCAAGAAAAAGCUGGUGGCAGGAGUGUAGAGGAACAGCAUAUGGCAUUAAAAGGAGCACAGCUGGAGGUAGCAUUUCCAUCUGAACAUGAUGUCAGAGCAGCUGACAGCUUGCCAUCCCUCAGCCUUUUAUUCUAACACACAGACAGGGAGUCAGUGUUUGCAAAGCUGUGUGGGGAGAAGGUAUCUCAUUCCUCUCUAACAUCAUCUCCACUUUGCAUCUGUUUCUGUUAGUCUGGUUUUUUUUUUUUGUUUUGUUUUUUUCUUUUUAACUCCCACCCCUAUCCCUGUACUAAUCCCAAAGACCCGAAAUCAGCACGGCUGAAGAGGUACUCAAUCAGGUUUAUGUAUUCAAAAGGUAGGAUUUCUGGCAAUGAAGACAGGAUGGAGUUUCCAGAGCAUAGCAGACAUUUACUACAAUGCUUAAGUGAGCAGAGGCUUCAAGGUUUUCUUUGUGACUGCACGGUGCUUGUCGGAGAUGCCCAUUUUAGAGCACAUAGGGCCGUACUGGCUUCCUGCAGCAUGUAUUUUCACCUCUUUUAUAAAGACCAACUAGACAAAAGAGACCUUGUUCAUUUGAACAGUGACAUUGUUACAGCUCCAGCUUUCACACUCCUGCUUGAAUUCAUGUAUGAAGGAAAACUCCACUUCAAAGAUCUUCCAGUUGAAGAUGUGCUUGCAGCUGCCAGCUAUCUCCACAUGUAUGACAUUGUAAAAGUAUGUAAAAAGAAGCUGAAAGAUAAAGCUACUACAGAAGCAGAUAGCACUAAAAAGGAGGAAGACUCUUCAAGUUGUUCAGACAAAGUAGAGAGCCUCUCAGAUGGCAGUAGUCACAUGGCAGGCGAAUUGCCCAGUGAUGAAGAAGAUGGUGAAGAUGAAAAAUUGAACAUUUUGCCUGGUAAAGAUGACUUGGCAACUGAAUCUGGGAACAUUUGGAUAAGAUUGCCUUCAGAUUCAACAAGCAUUCCCCAGACUGGCAGAGAAGUUGAAACAUGCACAACAGGAUCUAGGAAAACCGUAGACAGCCCUUGUAGUUCUACAGGUUCAUUUUCUCAGAGGUCUGUCCUCUCUUUAAGGGGUUCAUCGGAUGCAGACACUGUGCUUGACCUAUCUGUGAAGUCCAACCUUUCAGGAUGUGAAACUGUGAACUGCUCUUACUUUCCACCUCAAGAUGCACUAAGACACAAUCUACUUCAGGUGAAAGUGGAAAAGGAAGCAUCCUGUGAUGUAACUGAGACUACAGAGUAUGAUUUGGAACACUGUACUGUUAAAGGAAAUGUGAGCACACAUGUCAGGGGACCAUAUGAGCCUGUCCAUCUGACCCCGAUAAGGGAAGAUUCUGUUUUAAGGGAGUUGGAUCAUAAUGAAAAAGCUAGCGAUGAUGAAAUUAUUUCAGAAAAUGCCAGGGUUCCAAUGGAAGGUACCAUUGAGAACAGUUUGCUUCCUUAUGUUUCCAACAUGCUUAGUCCUGCAGGGCAGAUCUUCAUGUGUCCUCUUUGCAACAAAGUUUUCCCCAGUCCUCACAUCCUUCAAAUUCAUUUAAGCACACAUUUUCGAGAGCAAGAUGGAAUUCGUAGCAAGCCUGGCAGUGAUGUCCAUGUCCCCACCUGCUCUUUAUGUGGUAAGACAUUUUCUUGCAUGUACACUCUUAAGCGCCAUGAGAGAACUCAUUCUGGGGAAAAACCCUUCACUUGCACUCAAUGCGGAAAGAGCUUCCAGUACUCUCACAAUCUGAGCCGGCAUGCUGUAGUUCAUACAAGGGAAAAACCACAUGCUUGUAAAUGGUGUGAAAGGAGGUUCACACAGUCAGGGGACCUUUACAGACAUAUUCGAAAGUUUCACUGUGAACUGGUGAACUCCCUGUCAGUCAAAAGUGAAACAUUGACCUUACCAGCUGUAAGAGACUGGACCUUGGAAGAAAGCUCUCAAGAACUUUGGAAAUAAGUGUGUGUGUGUGUGUGUGUGUGUGUGUGUGCGUGUUCGAGAGUUUGUUCAUGUUUGUUUUAUAUGCAUGUAUCUCUGUGCGUAUGGAUAAUUAUUCAUUGUUGACAUUUUAACUAUAAAAGCACUUAUGUUUUAGGAAUAAAUUUUUAAUUAAAAAUGUGAUGUUUAAGAGACAUUCUCUAUGACCUUAUUAGUAAAUUGAAUAAGUGGGCCUUAAUAUUUAAAAUGAACAUUUCAUGUCCACGUGGGAAAUGUAUCCAUGCAACUUCGUUUUUAAUGUGCAUAUGUUUUGUUUUUGUUUUUUUUUGUUUUUUUAUUUAUGAAAAUACACACUUUGUACUACUAUAAUUUAUUUUAAGUUAUGUCUUUUAAACUACAUAAGUAAAUUAGUCUAGCAAUAUAGAAGCUGGCUAAAACCUAAAUGCUUUUUGAUAUUUAUAUUUCUGUAAUUUAAAUUUGUGUCCUACUUAAAUCAAGCUUCUAAAAUUCUGUUCAUAUUAUAUCUGCAUCCAACACUAUGCUUUGGAAAGACAAAUAUGUCAUGUUUACUGCAUUGAACUUGUGUUUGAAGCUUUAUGUUGGGUUAAAAAAAAAACACAACCUAUUUGAAUUAUUUUUUUUCAUUUUCUUUAUAUAACAUAAGUGCGUGUGAGGGCAUCGUAUAAUUGGACAUUACAUUAAUGCACUUACUGACUUGAAAUAUUUAUGUAUCAAAGCACGCAUUUUUAAGUACAAUUUUAUUAUUGUAUCGUGGGGAAAUAAUCUUACUUGUGAAACCUAUUGUGGUGUUAUGAAGAAUAUCAAACAUUCUUGAUUGUUUUAGGUUUGGAAUGUAUUUUUUAUUUUUUAGUAUAGUGUUUGAAUUUUCAUAUAGUAAGCUGCAGUUUUCAACAUAUAACAUACAUGUUUACAUAUAGACUAAAAUAUGCAUGUUAAUUUAUACAAACUAAAACCUCAUACUUCUUUAAAACCUAUUAAGAUCCCAUAUUUUAUAAUCGGGUAUUAAGAAGAAAGGGUCUCCGCACUGGAAAGGUUUUGUGGGGGAAAAAAAAUCUUGUGACAGCAUUCAAAAGCCAUAAUUGUCAAUGAAUUUAGAGUUAUGGCUACUACAAAAUGUAGCCAAACUGCAAACUUUUUGUUUUUUUUAUAUGGCCAAUAUAGAAAUUUAAAGUAUUCUCUUGUACUGUAUACACAAAUGUUUGUGGUCGCAACUUGCAUAUAUUAAAAAAACAAAACAAAAACAACUUGCUUUUGACCACCAAUUUGUUUUCAUUAUACAUUAUAUCUUAUUUUUAUAUAUAUAUUAAUAGAAAACUUGAGUACUACGGGGAAAAAAAAACAAAAAACUAUAAACAUUGUGCUUGUGCUAAGUCUUUACUAAUUCUGAAUAAUUUUUGUUUUAUUUGGUUUAAAACGUGAAUUUUGGUAAAGUUCCAGACAAAAAAGCUGUGAAAAUAAGCUCUGAAACAUUGUUUUGUUACUUGAAGUUUUUGUACCAAUCAAAGUAAAUGUUAAAUCUGUAAAUUAUUUUAGUAAUUUUAGAAAAGACAAUCACAUAAAUUAAGCUAUUUUGUUUGUAUGUUUGUUUUUAUUUUAACAUUUGGAGUUUGCGCUUUGUAUUGCAUUGCUUUUAUUUUAUUUAUGGACUAGAUUGACAUCAAGCUUUGACAAUCAUGUCUUGUUUUAUUUCACUGGAAUCAGGUUUUGUAACCUUGUUUUAAUUUUUGUACCUAUGCUAGGUUCUGGUGAAUUUACAAAUCAGUGCAAACUUCAAUAAAUUAUUUGAAUUUAGAAACCCAUGGUG